AAUAGUUUGUUUUAGUUAAAUUGAUUGAAUAAAGAUGGCUGAAGAGGAGGAGGAUGUUCCAACAAGAGUUACGGCGCCUGUUGUGCGCAAGCCGGAGGAGGAAACGGCGUUUCUCGAAUUCAUAGAAAUGGAAAACUUUAAAUCGUAUCGUGGCCACAUAGUUGUUGGACCUCUCAAGCAAUUUACAGCCGUUAUUGGCCCCAAUGGAUCAGGCAAGUCAAAUUUCAUGGACGCCAUAAGUUUCGUUAUGGGGGAAAAGACGUCAAGUUUGCGUGUGAAACGUCUAAACGAUCUCAUACAUGGGUCGUCCAUUGGCAAGCCUGUGUCGCGCAGCUGCUACGUAACCGCUAAAUUCAUCCUGAAUGGAGAGAAACACAUGGAUUUUCAACGCGCUGUUAUAAGCGGAUCUUCCGAAUAUCGUAUAAAUGGCGAGAGCGUUUCGAGUAACACUUAUCUCAACAAGUUAGAGAAAAUGGGAAUUAAUGUAAAAGCGAAAAAUUUCCUUGUCUUUCAAGGGGCUGUGGAGAAUAUUGCUAUGAAAACUCCCAAAGAGCGGACUGCUCUGUUCGAGGAAAUCAGCGGAUCUGGCCUCUUAAAGGACGACUAUAACCGACUAAAACAAGAAAUGAUUGUUGCUGAGGAAGAGACACAAUUCACUUAUCAAAAGAAAAAAGGCAUCGCUGCUGAACGCAAGGAGGCCAAACAUGAAAAAAUGGAAGCAGAGCGUUAUACACGUCUGCAGAACGAAUAUAAUGAGAAACAAGUUGAGUAUCAACUGUUCCGACUCUUUCAUGUUGAGAAGGAUAUACACAAACUCAAUGGUGACUUGGAGAUAAAGCAGCAAGAGGUAAAAGCGGUCGAGCAGCGUAAGGAGCAAGCAGAUGAAGUGCUGCGUGAAAAGAAAAAAGACGCUGGCAAAAUUACACGCGACAUGGCGAAAAUCGAUCAAGAAAUACGUGAAUUUGAGACGCAAAUGAACAAGAGGCGACCCUUGUACAUAAAGGCCAAGGAAAAGGUAACACAUUGUCAGAAGAAGUUGACUUCAUUGCACAAGACAUUGGAAACGGCUCGGGAAGCUGAUAAUGCGCAUCAGCUAGACAUACGAAAGCUGGAGAAACAACUGAACGAUGUGGAGGUUUUGAAAAAGCGCUUUGAAGAUGAGCUCGAAAAUGAGUCGCAGAAACGAGGCAAGAGUGUCAACAUGGAGGAGGGUUUGGUGCAGGAAUAUGAUCGCCUCAAGCAGAAUGCAGAAGCAACAGCCACAAAGAUUCGCUCUCAACUAGACUCGGUUAAUCGGGAACAAAAGUCAGACCAGGAUUUGCUUGACGGUGAAACAAAUCGCCGAGCAUCUGUUGAAGAAUCGUUUAAGAAAUUGACGCUUCAGCGUGAGGAGGCUGUUAAACGUCGUGACAAACUAAUGGAUCACAUUAAGUCCUCCGAAGCGGCACUGGAGGAACAAAACCGCAUUAAAGACGAGCUGCGGCGUGAUGUCGGCAGCUCAAAAGAGAAAAUUGCUGAGAAGCAACGUGAGCUGGAAAAUGUUCGCGAUCAAUUGGGCGAUGCGAAGAGCGACAAGCACGAGGACGCACGCCGCAAGAAAAAACAGGAAGUGGUUGAAUUGUUUAAGAAACAAGUACCGGGAGUCUACGAUCGCAUGAUCAACAUGUGUCAACCCACACACAAACGUUACAAUGUGGCCGUCACCAAAGUUUUGGGUAAAUUCAUGGAGGCUAUUAUAGUAGACACAGAAAAAACUGCGCGCCACUGCAUUCAGAUUCUAAAGGAACAAAUGCUGGAAGUGGAAACUUUUUUGCCACUGGACUAUUUACAAGUAAAGCCACUUAAGGAACGCCUGCGUAAUAUCAACGAACCCCGGAAUGUUAGGCUGGUAUUUGAUGUGCUUAAAUUCGAGCCGGCCGAGAUUGAGCGCGCCGUUCUUUUCGCCACUGGCAAUGCAUUGGUGUGUGAAACGCCUGAGGAUGCCAUGAAGGUCGCCUAUGAAAUAGAUCGCUCGCGCUUUGAUGCCUUGGCCCUGGAUGGAACAUUCUAUCAGAAGUCUGGUCUUAUCUCUGGCGGUAGUCAUGAUUUGGCCCGGAAAGCGAAACGUUGGGACGAGAAGCACAUGGCACAGCUUAAAAUGCAAAAGGAACGCCUUAACGAGGAGCUAAAGGAGUUGGUCAAAAAGUCACGCAAACAGAGCGAGUUGGCCACGGUGGAGUCUCAGAUACAGGGCUUGGAAAAUCGCCUGAAAUACAGUAUGGUUGAUUUGGAGUCCUCAAAAAAAUCGAUUGCCCAGUAUGAAAACCAACUGAAUGAAGUACAAAACAAAUUGGAUGUUUUUGGGCCCCAAAUCGCAAAAAUUGAGAGUCGUAUGCAAGAGCGUGAAGAGAAAAUCCAGGAUAUCAAAGAGAACAUGAACAAUGUCGAGGAUAAAGUGUUUGCUGCAUUCUGUCGUCGUCUGGGUGUCAAGAACAUUCGUCAGUAUGAGGAACGCGAGCUGGUUAUGCAACAGGAGCGUGCCCGCAAACGUGCCGAAUUUGAACAACAAAUCGAUGCAAUCAACUCACAAUUAGACUUUGAGAAGCAGAAGGAUACGCGAAAAAACGUUGAGCGUUGGGAGCGCAACGUGCAAGAUGAGGAAGAUGCGCUAGAGGGUUUAAAAACAGCAGAGGCACGUUACCUUAAGGAAAUCGACGAGGAUAAAGAGAAAAUGGAAAAAUUUAAGCAAGAAAAGCAGGCGAAGAAGCAAGCAGUUGAUGACAUGGAAGAGGACAUUUCCAAAGCACGUCGCGACGUUGCUAACUUGGCCAAGGAAAUACACAAUGUCAGCAGUCACAUGUCGUCCAUUGAAUCAAAAAUAGAGGCGAAGAAAAACGAACGACAGAACAUUUUGCUUCAGGCCAAGACCGACUGCAUUGCAGUGCCAUUGCUUAAGGGAUCGCUGGACGAUGCAGUGCGUCAAAACGAAACCGACAACAAUGGUGCUUCAAUUUCCAUAGCAACAGACCAUCUCAUUGAAGUGGAUUAUAGUACAUUACCACGUGAGCUGUGCAAGCUUAAAGAUGAUUCCGCUUUUAAGAAAACUAAUGAGCAAUUACAAAAGGAGUUGCAAAACAAAUUAGAUGUUCUGGAGCGCAUACAAACGCCGAAUAUGAAGGCCAUGCAGAAACUGGAUCGUGUCACGGAAAAGGUGCAAUCAACAAACGAGGAAUUUGAGAAUGCUCGUCGCAAGGCCAAAAAGGCCAAGGCAGCAUUUGAGAAGGUUAAAAAUGAGCGCUCCUCACGUUUCGUACAGUGUUGUCAGCAUAUCUCGGACGCCAUUGAUGGCAUCUAUAAAAAGCUGGCACGCAAUGAGGCUGCACAGGCCUACAUAGGUCCAGAUAAUCCCGAGGAGCCCUAUUUAGAUGGCAUCAAUUAUAAUUGCGUGGCACCUGGAAAGCGUUUUCAGCCCAUGAGCAAUUUAAGUGGUGGUGAAAAAACCAUUGCAGCUCUAGCCCUGCUAUUCUCUACGCACAGCUAUCAACCGGCGCCAUUUUUUGUGCUCGACGAGAUAGAUGCUGCUCUGGAUAAUACGAAUAUUGGAAAAGUCGCCUCUUAUAUACGUGAUCAUACCACAAAUUUACAAACCAUUGUCAUAUCGCUAAAGGAAGAGUUCUAUGGACAUGCUGAUGCUCUAGUGGGCAUUACGCCGGCUGAGGGUGAAUGUCUUAUCUCCAAUGUCUAUCUGUUUGAUUUAACAGGCUUUGAGGACAAAUAAGCAAUGAGCUCACAUUUCUUAUUUCAAUUAAUUUACCAGUUACAUACAAUUAUAUUUAUGCUGCUGUAUGCAGCGCAUUUUCCAUUAAAUAAAACAACAACUUAUUAUGUAAGUGUAUUUAAAAUAA